ACACACACACACACGGUGUGGACGGUCUCUGUGUUCAGAUCUCAGUGAUGGCUGCUCAGGUGUGUCUCCAUGGUAACCGUUCACUUCUGCACAUGCUCAGUAGGCAGGUGCGCUACAGUUCCUCCAGCGCUCCUAUUGGUCAGUUCCGACCCCAGGCGGAGCAGGACGAUCCCGCUCAACCUCAGCUAGCGUUCGCCCGCGCCGCCAUCGGAAGCUUCUUCCAGGAGCGGCCGCUGCUCCAGAACCCGUUUACCCAGGAUGCACUGCUGAGAGGGUACCUGCGCAGGCACCUCCCACUACAGGAGGUGCACUCUGACCUGUGUGAAUUCGGCGAGCGUAUCGUGGGUGAGAUCGAUGAUUUGGGGCGCCAGUGUGAGCAGAAUCCCCCGCGGCUGCAGCAGUACGAUGCGUGGGGGGGGCGUGUCGAACGCAUCAUCACCUGCCCCGCCUGGGCGCGCAUGAAGAGCAUCUCAGCACAGGAGGGGCUGGUCGCCGCGGGAUACGAACGCCGUUACGGAGAGUGGAGUCGUGUGUAUCAGAUGAUGAAGUUGUACCUGUACUCCCCCUCGGCCGGCCUCUACACCUGCCCACUGGCCAUGACUGACGGAGCAGCCAAGGUCAUCGAGUCACUGGGCACGCCCGUCACAGAGGCGUUUGAGCGUCUCACCACGCGGGACGAGAGGAGGUUCUGGACGUCGGGUCAGUGGAUGACAGAACGGAGGGGAGGAUCAGACGUGGCGAACGGGACGGAGACGGUUGCCGUGCGACAGGAGGACGGGUCGUACCGGCUGCACGGGUUCAAGUGGUUCACCUCGGCAACAGACGCCGACGUCACGCUCACACUCGCACGCAUCGCCGACCAGGCGGGCAACAUUUCACCGGGCAGCAGGGGUUUGUCCCUGUUCUUUGCGGAGGUUUGGGAUUCUGAUGGUCGUACUAACGGAGUGGAGAUCCAGAGACUGAAGGACAAACUGGGAACCAGACAGAUGCCGACCGCUGAGCUACUGCUGGACGGCAUGCACGCCCGACUGUUAUCAGAGGAGGGACGAGGUGUAGCGUCCAUCGCUAACAUGCUAACACUGACUCGCAUCCACAACACUGUGUCUGCUGUAGCUGCUAUGAGGAGAAUAACCCAGCUCAGUAGGGAGUACUCCACUAAGCGGAGUGUGUUUGGUAAACUGCUGAAGGACCAACCACUGCACGUCCAGACCCUCGGCCGCCUGGAGGUAGAGACCCGCGCUGCGUUCCUGCUGAUGAUGGAAGUGUGUCGUCUGUUGGGCCGGGAGGAGACGGGCGUGGCUACAGAGCGAGAUACACACCUACUGAGACUGCUCACACCUGUAACUAAACUCUACACCGCCAAGCAGGCGGUUGCCGUGGUUUCUGAAGGGUUGGAAUGUUUCGGAGGUCAAGGUUAUAUAGAGGACACAGGACUACCUGCCAUGCUCCGGGACGCACAGGUGCUGAGUAUUUGGGAGGGCACCACUAACGUUCUCUCUCUGGAUCUUCUGCGCUCCAUCUCCAAAUCCUCCGGCCUCGUGCUGCAGGCCUUCUUCACCGACAUCACUGAGCGUGUGGGCACUGCCACGCCCGCUCUGGCCCCGGCGGUGGAGCGGAUAAACUCGUCUCUCUCCGGUUUGGCUCGGUUCAUCCAGACGGCGGCGACUCGACCUCCUGAAACCCUGCAGCUCGCCGCCAGAGACCUAGCAUACAGCAUCGCUCGCGUUUACAUGGGAGCUCUGUUGGUGGACCACGCCUCAUGGGAUGGAGCUUCACACGCUGACGUCUACGCCGCCCUCAGGUGGUGUGAGGGUGACCUGUGUCCUGUACUGGAUGGAGAUGUUAGAGGGAGUUACAGCACCGACGCUUCACUCAGCGACUCUCAGCUGGUUUACCAGGGACUGCAGGAGGAGGACCACGCCUAAACUCUACCCCCCUCACACACACACACACACUAAAACACUACAUGCAUGCACUGAUUAUACACACACACACACACACACACACACACACACCUGAAGAAGAUAAUAAUAACUAGAAUAAUGAGUGCAAUAGAUGAUAAUGAUGAUGUAAUAAUGAUGUAAUGAUGAUGUAAUAAUGAAUGUGUGUAUUAUGUGUAGUUUAUAUACAGUAUAUUAGCUGUGUGUUGAUGUAGCUGUAACAGUUCUGAUUGGUGUAUAAUCAUCUAUAUACGCUUCAAUAAUAAACCUGUUAAUGUCCUUAAA